UGAAGAGUUGGACAGAAAACUGAUUGUUGCAUUAUUUGUAGCCGGGGGGUGUGUUAAAAUGGCAAUGCUCAACCUAGCGGCAUUUCUUAGGUUCAUUACAAAUCUUUUAGGUUUCAACAGCAUUAUUAAGUUCAUUAUCAAGUCAGCCGCAUCCCUGCACCUGCCUAGGACGACUCCGUCACCAGUGGUCCUCCCCGACGAUCUCAUUACCGAGGUAUUUUCCUUUCUACCCGUCAAAUCGCUUCUUCGAUUCAGAUGUCUUAGUAAGUAUUGGAAGACACUUAUUUCCCGUCCCGAUUUUGUGAAAUUGCAUCUUAAGAGAUCAGCGACACGAAAUCCUCUCUUCACACUAAUCACGUAUCGUAUAAGACAUGUCCCCGAAGAUUCCUUAUAUGGUAGUGACGAGGAAUGUGAGCACAGUGUUGUUCCAUACCCUAUACGCAGUUUACUCGACAACCCUUCAUUUACCCUUUUUGACGAUCCUUACUAUCAUGUGAGAGACAAAGGAUGCUCGAAUAUAGUUGGUUCAUGCAAUGGACUAAUUCUUUUGGCGGGAUGCUGUCUUGAUAGUUGGGGCGGCAAUCGGCAUGAUAGCUACUGGCUCCGUGUUUGGAAUCCAGCCACCAGGACAACAUCUCAAACUUUUGGGUAUUUUAAUGAUUUUAGUAAUUCUCCACCUCAAGGUUUUGGUUUUGCAUUUGGUUGUGAUAAUUCAACAGGUACUUAUAAAGUUGUGGCGUCUCGUGUUUGUUGUUAUGAAUGGAAGACCGAGGUGAGAGUUCUUAGUUUGGGUAGCGAUGUUUGGAGAAAUAUUGAAAGUUUUCCUGUCAUUCCUCUUAAUUUGGACUUUGGCUGUCUUAGUAUAUAUGGUAGCGUGUAUUUGUGUGGCACUCUUAAUUGGAUGGCUAUUAAUCAUAUUAAUCAUAUGGACAGUUACUUUGGGUAUUCUCAUUACCAUAAGGAUAUUACAGUUGAACAGUUUGUUAUUGUUUCUCUUGAUUUGGGGACAGAGACAUACAAGCUGUAUCCAAUGCCACAUGGUUUUGAUGAAGUACCACCUAGAGAACCAACGAUUGGUGUGUUAGGGAGCUGUCUUUGUUUUUCUUAUUCUUAUAAAGAAACUGAUUUUGUUAUAUGGAAGAUGAAGAAAUUUGGGGUUGAAGAUUCUUGGUUUCAAUUCCUUAAAAUUACUUAUCAGCAACUUCAAAUAGAUCAUGACUUUAGUGUUGAUUGGAGAAAGAAUUAUUUUGAAUUGGUGCCGUUGCUUCUAUCUGAAGAUGGUGAUACACUAGUACUUAAAAGCAAUGAAGAAAACCAAGCAAUUCUCUAUAAUUGGAGACAUAAAAGAGUAGAGCGGACAAAAGUUAUUAUAAGUAGAACUAUUACCGAUAAUAGCACUAGCGAUCAUGUAUGUUGGAAGGAUGCCAAGGAUUACGUUGAAAGUUUAGUUUCAAUUUUCUGAAAGUAAGCUUCUCUUCCAUGGUUUACUACUUGUUGGAAUUUAUGUUCAUUUGUAUAAGUGGUUUUCAUAAUAAUCGACCAUGUGAAUAUUCUUUUUAUUGACUUCUUAGGUUAAUUGUAUAUUGACCA